GGGCCCAGCCCAGGGCUCUCGGGGGCGGCGGGGGAGGGGGCCGCCUCCUGGAAGGUUGCGACCUGUGGCUCGAGGCCCGGCUGAGACCUAGAGCGUGUCCCCGGGAGCCGCCGCCUGGUCCGGGGGAUGCUGCCCCGAGGGCGGGCAUCCUACCUGUUGGGCAGGUGGUUUCCUGCCCUGAGGCCCGCACCGUGGAGCUCGAGACUGUCWGCAGAGAACUUCACAGCCCCCGCCCCGCACCUCUAACUGAAGGGACUGGACUGACACAGUUGAAUCAGGCAGCGCAGCCCUGCGUGGCAGAACUAGUGCUAAUGCCGCCCCUCACUGUCGGCUCUGCUUCGUCUUUUACAUACGUUUAACCCCCCGUGACGAUCCUUCCAGCUCUGGAAAGGAAGAGAAAUGGAAGUGAAAAAAUUGAGCAUUUCCUGGCAGUUCUUGAUAGUUCUGGUUCUGAUCCUGCAAAUUCUGUCUGCGUUGGAUUUUGACCCAUACAGAGUCCUAGGGGUCAGCCGAACAGCCAGUCAGGCUGAUAUUAAAAAGGCUUAUAAGAAGCUCGCCCGGGAAUGGCAUCCCGACAAAAACAAAGACCCUGGAGCAGAAGACAAAUUCAUUCAGAUCAGCAAGGCUUAUGAGAUUCUUUCCAAUGAAGAAAAGCGAUCCCACUAUGACCACUACGGCGAUGCUGGGGAGAGCCAGGACUACCAGAAGCAGCAGCAACGGGAAUAUCGCUUCCGCCAUUUCCAUGAGAAUUUUUAUUUUGAUGAAUCCUUCUUUCACUUUCCUUUCAAUUCUGAGCGGCGGGACUCCAUCGAUGAGAAGUAUUUAUUGCACUUUUCCCACUAUGUGAACGAAGUAGUUCCAGACAGCUUCAAGAAACCCUACCUCAUUAAGAUCACCUCGGAUUGGUGCUUCAGUUGUAUCCAUAUCGAGCCUGUUUGGAAAGAAGUAGUCCAAGAACUGGAAGGACUGGGUGUGGGAAUCGGCGUGGUCCAUGCUGGGUACGAGAGACGCCUGGCCCAUCACCUGGGAGCACAUAGCACACCCUCUAUCCUGGGAAUCAUAAAUGGGAAAAUCUCCUUCUUCCACAAUGCAGUUGUUCGUGAGAACCUCCGGCAGUUUGUAGAAAGCCUUCUUCCAGGGAACUUGGUGGAGAAGGUUACAAAUAAAAAUUACAUCCGAUUCCUCUCUGGCUGGCAGCAAGAGAAUAAACCGCACGUCCUUCUGUUCGACCAGGGGCCUACUGUGCCACUGCUGUACAAGUUGACCGCUUUUGCAUACAAAGAUUAUUUGUCAUUUGGAUAUGUAUAUGUCGGUUUGAGAGGGGUGGAGGAGAUGACCAGGCAGUAUAACAUCAAUGUAUAUGCCCCCACCAUCUUGAUCUUUAAAGAGCACAUAAACAAGCCGGCUGACAUGAUCCAGGCUCGAGGUCUGAAGAAGCAGGUCAUUGAAGACUUUUUAACCCAAAACAAGUACCUGUUGGCAGCCAGGCUUACCAGCCAGAAGUUGUUCCAUGAGCUCUGCCCAGUGAAACGAUCUCACCGACAGAGGAAGUACUGUGUGGUCUUACUGACUGCCGAGGCUCCCAAGUUGAGCARACCCUUCGAGGCCUUCCUGUCCUUUGCCCUGGCAAACACGCAGGACACCGUGCGGUUCGUACACGUCCACAGUGGGCGGCAGCAGGAGUUUGCCCGCACCCUGUUGACGGACAGCGAGGCAUUUCAGGGGAAGUCAGCGGUGUCUAUUUUAGAAAGACGUAACACGGCAGGAAGGGUGGUGUAUAAAACCCUGGAAGAUCCCUGGACUGGGAGUGAGAGUGAUAAAUUUAUCCUUUUGGGUUACCUCGACCAACUGCGGAAAGAUCCAGCUCUUCUGUCCUCUGAGGCUGUGCUCCCCGACCUAAUGGACGAACUUGCUCCCAUCUUUCUCCUCCGGUGGCUCUACUCUGCCUCUGACUACUUGGCCGACUGCUGGGACGGCAUAUUCCAUAGCAACUGGCGGGAGAUGAUGCCCCUCCUGUCCCUCAUCUUCUCUGCCCUCUUCAUCCUCUUCGGCACAGUCAUCGUCCAGGCAUUCAGUGACUCAAAUGACGAGCGAGAGUCCCACCCUCCAGACAAAGAGGAAGCCCCUGAGAAGGUCGGGAAGACUGAGCCGAGCUUCACCAAGGAGAACAGCAGCAAGAUUCCGAAGAAAGGCUUCGUGGAGGUAACAGAACUCACGGAUGUGACAUACACCAGCAACCUGGUGCGCCUUAGGCCAGGCCACAUGAACGUGGUCCUCAUCCUGUCCAAUUCCACCAAGAACAGCCUGCUGCAGAAGUUUGCCCUGGAGGUGUACUCGUUCACUGGCAGCAGCUGCCUGCACUUCUCCUUCCUGAGCCUGGACAAGCACAGAGAGUGGCUGGAAUACUUACUGGAAUUUGCUCAAGACGCAGCCCCGAUCCCCAACCAGUAUGACAAGCACUUCCUGGAGCGGGACUACACUGGCUACGUCCUGGCCCUGAACGGCCACAAGAAAUACUUCUGCCUCUUCAAACCCCAAAAAACGGUGGAAGAGGAGGAGGCCAUGGGGUCCUGCGGUGACCUCGACCCCUCCCUCCCCCUGGGCGAGUCUCGGGGGAGACCCUCCUGCGGCCUGGGACCGCGGCCCAUCAAGGGAAAGCUGAGCAAGUUGUCCCUGUGGAUGGAGCGCCUGUUGGAAGGGUCCCUGCAGAGGUUCUACAUCCCCUCCUGGCCCGAGCUAGACUGAGAGGCUUCAGAAAGAGAUGUGAACUCUCCAGCUUUUUAACAUGCCCCAGGAACAGGUAUUUUUCAGGACUCAAUCACCACGGACAAAGCAUAGAUUUUAGAUUACUCUUUUAGAACAGUGGUGGGAAGAACCUCUCCGUCCGGCCCUCACUCCCGUCCUCACCUGGGAGGGAAACACGCUACAGGUUCGAAUUCUCUAGAUCAAAAUAUUUCCCUUUGGGUUUUUUGACUUCAGUUGAAUGCCGCACUAUUUAAAUAGACUGCUCCUUCCCUCCUCUUUGCUGCCUCUGUCCCGGGCUCACACCACCUGCCCCUUCCUGGCCCUUCAUUGGAGAAACAGCRGCACCCAGACGGAACCUCAGGAGCCUGUCCCACAAGUCCAGUCACUUGCCCCUGCACACCCUCAGGCCCGCGCUGGCCCCUGCUGAGCUUCUGCCCAGGCGCAUGCUCCCCACCCUGACCACCACCUUGCCUUCUCGGCCUGCCCCUUGAACGAGGCCUGGUGCCAAGCAGUCUCAUGCACAGUGGUAGUUCUGGGAGUCAGUGGCAAGAAGUGCAUCUUGCGGGGGAUCCCCCACAGCAGUUUGCCAGCCACAGCUUUGAAAGGAAAGGGUCUAGUGGGGUCUCCGGAUUGGAGCCUGGUUUUCCUCCCCAGCCAGGGGAAGGGAGGUCUGGGCGGCAGCUGGAGGGAUCCUUUGUGAGCAUCACAUCACCCCCCCCAUCCCGGGGAGGAGUCUGCCCUGCAAGAGCACUGUCAUGACUUUGAGCCGUUGACCUGUACGUUCUCAGAUGCCUUUCUGCCUGUGAUUGUAGGGUGUGGAUAUUAGGAGCCAUAACUUGUGAUCUUGUUCUCUGAACGUAGAUAAGCUGCUAUAUAAAGCCAGUAGAUGUCAGACUGAAAACAGAUUAUUCCUGCCUGCCAGAGUCGGGGAGGAAGCUCUUCACUCCGGUGGCGUCUGUCUAGUAACACUCUAGACACAUCUUUGUAUCAAGGAACUUAAACCCUCAACAACUGUAUUUUGAACACUGUUACCCAAAAAAUGCUUUGUCUUCAAGUCGUCUUUUGUGACAGGUGAGCUCAGACGGACUCUAGGCCCAUUUUGCAAGCAGCCUGCCUUCCGCCUCUGGCUGUGCUUUGGCACUAUGGCUUUGUCGCUGUUCCCCUCUCCCUUGACGGUCAGCUGUGGGUUUGCUGCACACUCUACAUGGGCUCUGGGCCCCUUGAGGGCAGGCCUUUGUUUUGGGGGCCAGACCACCAGGAAUUUGGACAAUUUCCAAGAGUGGUCUGUCAAAGCAAAUGCCCUUUUGUAGAGUAAAGGGCAAAAAUCAGGGAUGGGUCAUUUACUGAGUUAGUGUUUCUUUAAUCAUAAUUGCUUUAAACCAAGCCACUUGGAUCCUGAAUAAUUUAAACCUUGAGCUACAGUGGUAAAUAAUAAAUCAUAUGAGCCCAGGAAUUCAUACAGCUUCAUGGAGUCAGUCUAGAGCUUUAUUUAAAUUAUAAAUAAAUCACUGCCAGGGCUUCAUUCUUCCCACGAUCCUUUGGAAGUGGAUGCUCACUCUGGAAUCCCUGUCUCGUGGCACCCAGCCCCGGGAGCUCCUUAGCUCUUUGAUACACCAGUCCUUAAAAUUAAUUUCUGGGGUUUUGUUUUGUUUGGAUACUAGGGACUGAACCCAGGGACACUUUACCACUG